AUGUUGCGUAUAGCGAUCAGAAGAUUGCGACAACGGGCAUGUUUUCAUCGUAGUUUCGAACUUAUCAGUUUUCCUGAUCUUCAUUCCUCUAUCCAAGAUGAGCAAACCAACUGCUAUUGCCAAAAAAUAAACGCUAAACUCCCAUCGACUACAGAUCCGUUAAAUCCUCAGCUCAAGCUACCUCAAAAAACACCUAACUACAGUAAGCAUGUCCUACUUUUAUCUCCUGGUGAUAAAUUUGCCCAGCCCUGGAAAGUAGCAUGGAAUCAUAAUUUGGAUACAAAUUUAAAUCGCCCAUAUAAUGCAAUUAAAAAGUUACGCUCCUCUCUAAGUGAUUCUCCAGGAAUUCUGAUAAAUGCGGUGCAUUUGCAAAAUGAAUUCAUUCCAAGACCAAAGGGGAACAAUGAAUGGCUCUACUUUUUUGUUAUUCCUGACAUGAAGCUUUAUAUAAUCAAGGAAACAAACAUUGAGGAAUUUGCCUCCUUCUUACACGAAGGCGUUUUCCAAGCACCAAGAUUAUCCUUUCAAGAUUACUUGAGUGGUAAAGCCAAGGUUGCUCCACACGUUCAACACGUUCAUCGCAAAAAUCUUACAAGGUUUCACGGUGAAACUUUUCUUCGAGAUUGGAAUUUAGUCUGCGGGCAUUUUAAGAGAGAUGAGAAGUGUGGAGAAAUGGGGCCAGACAUAAUUAAGGCAUUUCAAGACGAAAAUUUGCUAUCUGAGAAUAACUUAGCUAUAAUUUCUCAUGUCGGCGGUCAUAUUUUUGCUGGCAACGUGAUUUUUUAUAAAUUAUUUGGUGGAGGAGAUGGAGGAAGUGCCCAAAGCAAGCUCGACUCAUUAUGGUUUGGCAAGGUCUACCCACACAAUUUGAAACUCUUAUGCGAGAACUUGGAAAACGGAAGAAUUAUCGAUGAAAUGUACAGGGGUGGUAUAUCGAUGAACUAA